AUUUCCUUCCUAACAUCACAUAUCACCAAAAUGGCAAUCUUUUCCCUAAUUCUCUACGCUGUCAUUUUCUCUUUCCUUCUACAUUCCAUUCUCAGCUUAUUUUUUCGCAAACGUUACCCGUUGCCACUACCACCAGGUCCAAAACCAUGGCCAAUAAUCGGAAACUUGGUCCAUAUGGGUCCAAAGCCACACCAAUCAACUGCAGCCAUGGCUCGAACUUACGGUCCACUCAUGCACCUUAAGAUGGGAUUCGUGGACGUGGUGGUUGUGGCGUCUGCUUCGGUGGCGGCUCAGUUCUUGAAAACUCAUGACGCUAACUUCUCGAGCCGCCCUCCGAACUCGGGUGCAAAGCACUUGGCUUACAAUUAUCAGGAUCUUGUUUUUGCACCCUACGGACCAAGGUGGCGUAUGCUUAGGAAAAUUUGCUCUGUUCAUCUUUUUUCUGCCAAGGCUUUAGAUGACUUCAGCCAUGUCCGCCAGGAUGAAGUAAAAACACUUACGCGCGCCCUAGCGAGUGCCAGGCAAGAGCCGGUCAAGUUAGGCCAACUGUUGAACGUGUGCACCACGAAUGCACUUGCGCGAGUGAUGCUAGGGAGGCGGGUGUUCGCUGACGCAAGUGCCGGUGUUGAUCCACAGGCGGAAGAGUUCAAGUCAAUGGUAGUGGAGGCAAUGGUGCUGGCCGGCAUUUUCAAUAUAGGCGAUUUUAUUCCGGCACUUGAUUGGUUGGACAUUCAAGGUGUAGCUGCAAAGAUGAAAAAGCUCCACGCGCGUUUCGACGCGUUCUUGACCUCAAUUCUAGAGGAACACAAAAGCAAGCAAUUUGGAGAAACGAAAGAAGAUGAGGACUUGUUGAGUACGUUGAUCUCUUUGAAAAAAGAAGAAGGCGAUAAUGAAGGAGGAAAGCUCACAGAUUCAGAAAUUAAAGCUUUACUUUUGAACUUGUUUAUAGCUGGAACAGAUACGUCCUCAAGCACAGUAGAAUGGGCCAUUGCGGAACUUAUUCGUAAUCCAAGAAUACUGGCCCAAGCCCAACAAGAGAUUGACAAAGUGGUUGGAAAGAACCGGCUCGUUAUGGAAUCUGACCUAGCCCAAUUAACUUAUUUGGAAGCCAUAGUUAAGGAAACUUUAAGGCUUCAUCCAUCUACCCCUCUCUCCCUCCCUAGAAUUGCAUCAGAGAGUUGUGAGAUUAAUGGCUAUUUCAUUCCAAAAGGCUCAACGCUUCUCGUAAAUGUUUGGGCCAUCGCUCGUGAUCCAAAUGAAUGGGCUGAUCCAUUAGAGUUUAGGCCCGAAAGAUUUUUGCCGGGUGGUGAGAAGCCCAAAGUUGAUGUGCGAGGAAAUGACUUUGAAGUCAUCCCAUUUGGAGCUGGGCGUAGAAUCUGUGCUGGAAUGAAUUUGGGCAUACGAAUGGUCCAGUUGAUGACUGCAACUUUAAUUCAUGCAUUUAACUGGGAUUUGCCUAUUGGACAAUCACCAGAGAAACUAAACAUGGAGGAAGCAUUUGGGCUGACCUUACAACGGGCUGAUCCGUUGGUGGUGCACCCCGGUCUUCGCCUAGAAGCCCAAGCAUACAUUGGGUGAACAGCCCAAUUAGAAAAUGACAUGUCCGCUCAAUGUAUUAGUCUCCAUUUCGUCUAUGCUUAGCAUUUAAAAGUCUAUAUUGAAAGGUCAGGAUGUUGUGUGUUUCUUUCCUUGUGGUGGACGAUAAAAGAUUUGUGAUUAACCAGUAUAUUUUGUUCACUAUGCACAAUGGUAAAUUGAGUAUUGUACUAUGUUUCUAAUGCAACUUGACUUGGUCUCCUUUUCUCAA